CGUAGGUGUAUAUAUCAGCAAUAAAUAAAUAAAUAAAAACGAAACAAAUAAUUGAAUUGAAUGCAAGAAAAGGGAUUAGGAUCUGAGAGACAAUUGAAGAGCUGAACUGAACACCGACCGGACGUUCGGUGCUCCGCUCAUCACGCUUGUCUCCGUAUUUUACGCUCUAAAGGAUCACAUGUCAAACAUAGAGGAUAGCAAAGACAUUGGACAGAUGGAUGUGGAUGCAUCUGAUGGGUCAGUUAACAUGCCGUCACCCCAAAAGCAGGAGGAAACUUUAAAGAAAAAAUAUGGAGGAAUUGUACCCAAAAAGCCACCACUUAUUUCUAAGGACCAUGAGCGUGCUUACUUCGAUUCUGCGGAUUGGGCAUUGGGAAAGCAAGGUGGUAGUAAGCCUAAGGGACCACUUGAGGCUCUUCGGCCUAAACUACAGCCAACACAGCAGCAAACACGUUACCGGAAAUCUCCUUACGCUCCUUCCGGUGAAGAAGGUGGAAGUGUUCCAUCUGAGGAUGCAGCUUCCAAUGAGUAAAAGCAGCAAUCAGGCUUUUGAUGAUGUGCUGAUUAUUGUUCUGAUACCUCAUUAGGUAUAACUUUUUGUUGUUUUCAACAAUAAAGGAAGUUUGUAUUCAUAUUAUAUUAGCAUAAGACAAAUUAUUUGACCUGCAGUUUUUCUGUAGGGACUUGCUGUGAUUUUGAUUUGUGUUUUACUCUUCUUCCCCCCUCCCUUCA